AAAUCGUUUGAGUGAGGAGUGUGGGUGUUCUCAGUGGACCUGUGUGCAGGACCAGGUGAUCUUUGCAGGUUUGGUUUUUGGAUGCUGCUGCAACAAGCCGCUGGCAAGAGAGAUAGACGGGUUAGUGUGUGUGUGUGUGUGUGUAACGGUACAAGCCGUGAAAGUUGCUACAUAGCAGCUGGCUCAUUGUGCAUCGCAGUGUCACAGGCCUGUUAGGAAACAACUGAUCUGGCCUCAGAGUGAAACUCAGCUUCAUCCUUUGACUGAUGGACGUCUUCGGCUUCGCGUGCGCUCUCCUCCUGUGCACUGUUGUGGCGCACGGGAAGCCAACGUUAAGGAAAGAGAGAGUCCUUCAUGACCCAGAACUGAGCAGGCAAGCGCACGAAGACAAUAAAAGCUUCCAGUACGACCAUGAGGCCUUUCUGGGCAAAGAGGAGGCCAAAACAUUUGACCAGCUCACCCCAGAGGAGAGCAAGGACAGGCUUAGUAAAAUCGUGGACCGGAUAGACAGCGAUGCUGACGGCUACAUCACCACAGCCGAACUCAAGGCUUGGAUAAAACGUGUGCAGAAGCGUUACGUGUAUGAGAAUGUGGCAAAGGUGUGGACAGAUUAUGACCUGAACAAAGACAACAAGAUUUCAUGGGACGAGUACAAGCAGGCCACAUACGGAUACUACCUCGCCAACCCCGAGGAGUUUGAGGACACCACGGACCAGUUCAGCUUCAAGAAGAUGCUUCCUCGGGACGAGAGGAGGUUUAAAACGGCCGAUCUGAACGGGGACCUGGCGGCAGACAGGGAAGAGUUCACAGCCUUCCUCCACCCUGAGGAGUUUGAACACAUGAGGGAUAUUGUGGUUCUGGAAACCCUGGAGGACAUUGACAAGAACAGCGACGGGCAUGUGGACGAGGAUGAGUAUAUCGCGGAUAUGUUUGCUCAUGAGGAUGGGGGUCCGGAGCCAGACUGGGUCAGGACUGAGAGGGAACAGUUCUCUGACUUCAGAGACUUGAACAAAGAUGGUAAGAUGGACCAGGAUGAGAUCCGCCACUGGAUUAUGCCCCAAGAUUACGACCAUGCCCAGGCUGAGGCCAGACACCUGGUUUAUGAGUCUGACCAGGACAAGGAUCAAAUGCUGACCAAAGAAGAGAUUCUCGAGAACUGGAACAUGUUUGUUGGAAGUCAGGCCACCAACUACGGAGAGGACCUCACCAGGAACCACGACGAGCUCUGAGCUCUGUGUGUGUGUGCAUGUGUGAGAGGAGGGUUGUUGAACAGCUUUGUCUUCAAAGACAGAAUCACAGACUCUCACGCCUCCUCUCACCACUGCUACCACCACUCCAUCCUUUCCUCGUAACACUGGGACAGACGUACCAGAGGAAGGAGCGAAGGUGACGCUUAAAAAGAGUCCGUCUCGGGUGUUCACGUCGACGGCUCUGCUUCUGACAUUCAGAAGCACAGCUGAACUCGGUGGACCUGCUCUCCAUCAACGGUGCCUUCUAGCCGCUUCACCGGCUUUGCUGCCUCAGAGUUCCAUGUAGAUAGUCUUUAAAUAAAACCUGUCAAAGCUGAAUGCUGAGCUUUACACCAAUCGUCAGACACAGGAACAGUUUUUGAUAGCAACGUUAAUGUGAAAACAGCAGCUCAGAACAUUUAUGCUGAUUUUAUUUAUUUAUCAAAUAACCUCUGAACUUUAGGUCUGUGAGGACUACAGUGUUCAAAUAGAGAUUUUUUUUAACUGAAGACACGUGAUGUUUGUUUGUUUACAGUCUUUUCUGGCCAAAUUCAGAUUUUUUUUUGGGGGGGGGGUUAGUUAAAUGCGAUAAAACUAACAGAUGUUUAACAGCAUGGUUUUUGCACGUGUUUGGUUUUAGUUUAGCCUGUGAAAGAUGAUUUUUCUUCGUACUCAGUUUGAAAUGUAUUUAUUGGUAUACUUAAGGACAACAGUAUGCUCUAUGUUAAAAUUUUAUUGACUUUUGUUGAUGUUACACUUGAGCUUUGCCUUUUUAAAACCGUCUAGUGUCACUAAGGUUGGAUUUUUGGAGUACUCUACUGGCUUGAAUAUGUAAGAGGAGAGGAAAGAAAAGUUUCAUUUCUUCACCUCUGUCACGCCUUUUUUCUUUCUGUUACAUCACUCCGGGGUCAUCUUCUGUAUCAGAUGAAUGCAGUUUGUUUUUCCCCCCCACUGCCUUUGAUAUUAUGUACAUAUCAACCAGGUGUUUUCAAGCAUCAGAAAUUCAUCUUUUUUGUCAUUUUUACCAUAUUUUUUGUAUUUUGUAAUGGAUAGUUUGUAUGACAGCUGCACAGAACAAUGUAAUUUUAAUCAAAUUAAUGUCACUCAAAACCCUUUUCUUUCUUCUUCCCAUCUUUUUCUCUUACUGCUUUGUUGUCCCAAACCUCAAUUGCAUUAAUGGUCUACAUCACACAUGGGCACAAACGCAUCGUCUCAUUUUCCACACUGCACAUGCUCACGAAUUGUGUCAAAAUAAAAAUUAAAAAAAAAAAAAGGAAGA